AGUGGGAUUCGUUGAUGCACGUAACAACAAUGGCGCUGUUCACCGAACAAUAAUGCCGACACAACUACCGAGACCGCAUGCUCUGAACCUUGACAGAGCAUAAUCAAGACGGCAUGAUCGAGCUAGGCCUUUCUCGUAUUUCACGUCUUGUCCAGCAAUCGACCUUAUCCUGGAAGGCUAUUCAUGUCGCCGGAACCAAUGGCAAGGGCUCCAUCACCUCCUACGUCUCCGGUCUACUCGCGGCAGCUGGCGUCCGAUGCGGUCGUUUCACCUCUCCGCAUUUAAUUGAUCGUUGGGAUUGCAUCACCGUCAACGAGAAAGUAGUAGAGGAGUCAUUGUUUCGGCAAGUUGAGAAGCAGGUCAAAGAGCGCGACCAAUUACUGGGCCUGGGCUCAUCCGAGUUUGAGCUGCUUACCGCAACUGCUUUCGAGAUCUUCCACCAAGAGAAUGUCGAAGUUGGCGUCGUAGAGGUGGGUAUGGGGGGCCGACUAGAUGCCACAAACAUACUUUCAAAUGUGCUGGUCUCAGUAAUUGCGAAAAUCGGCCGUGAUCACGAAGCCUUUCUCGGAAAUUCAAUCCAAGCAAUUGCGAAAGAAAAGGCCGGAAUCCUCAAAACUGGGGUUCCUUGUGUUGUUGACGGCACAAAUGAAACCAAUGUGCUUCGGGUUCUUCAAUCUAAGAUCGACGAACUCGGUAUCAAUUCUACAAUCGCUACUCCCGACGUGGCAAUUUCGCGAUUUCCAAAAUUGGCUUCAUUGUUCCGUGAUCUCGAUCUAGAGCCUCACCAACAAACAAACAUCUCGUGUGCGACCCUGGCAUUGCAGAAAGCGUUUGAACGCAUUCAACUACAGAAAAAUGUGGAUGAUCUAGUACCAAUGCUAUCGGACAUAAGGUGGCCCGGCCGUUUACAAUUUCUAAGUAUAGAAUCUCUGGUGUCUCGUACGAAUCCCGUUCUCCUCGACGGAGCGCAUAAUGGCCAAUCCGCAGCCGUUCUUGGCAGGCUAGUUGAUCGAAAGCUUCGCCAACAGAGCCAGAGUGUUACCUGGGUGGUGUCCAUCUCACAUGGAAAGCUCUGGUCCGAUAUCCUAGAAUCUUUGAUUCGUCCUGGUGACAAAGUCGCAGUCACUGCUUUCGGUCCCGUUGAGGGGAUGCCCUGGGUCAAAGCCACAGAUACAGAAAUGCUGGCCACGGAGCUUAGGGCAGCUCUUGGUGUUUCUAAUGUAGAAUCUUUCGGCCCGGAUAUACAUGGUGCCAUAAGUUGGGCAGCCUCCUCAGCCAAUGAAGGCCCUUUAGUAAUUGCGGGGAGCUUGUACUUGGUCUCUGAUAUUUUCAGACUCCUCCGCGAGAAACAAUAAAUGAGUGACGAUGGCAUAAUACUUAUAUAGAAUGCACGUGUCUUGAUAGAUCUAUACAUACUCUAAAUAAAACUUAGUUUUUCGAUAAGAA